CGGAAGUUACCGUAGGAGCUACAGAUCAUGGCUGCAGUCUGAAAAUGUGAAUGAAAUGGGCUGAAUAACUGAAUGGUCCCACUGCUUGGUUAAACCAUCUUUCUUUUCUACAUUGUCAACAUGUAUGUAUUGAAGACAGGUGAAGAGAUGUUAAGAGGGGUCAUCAUCUUUAGCAGGGUUAUAUCUCCAUGGAAACAGCACAAUCUACAUUCACAGAUUAAGCCUGUCAUUCACAGCUGUAGAGAUGAUUGUGCGGUGCAUCAUUUACAGUCCCUGUUACAAGGACAUGCUUUUAACAAUGUGAGAUAUUUCUGUGAAGGAGUAACGCAGGCACCAAGUUUUGAAGGACAUGUUAGUAAUCAGUCUCGGUUUCAAGCUCAUACUGGAAGAAACAAAGACGCCCCUGGAAAAGCAGAAGCGAAUGUACCUUUCCACACUAAGCUCCAGGAAUGUCUCUCCCCUUCCGAUGUCUUGGACCUAAUGGAGAAAUGCACGCCAACUCAUGGGCAAGUCAGCAAGAGCUUGACAAGGAUGUGGAAUACAACCAAAAAGAUGUCAAGUGAGCAGAGGCGAUUUGAGCUCAAGCUGAUGUCCGAGCACCCGGUCUUCCAGUGUCUGUUCCAAAGGGCCAGGGUGCACGCCCCCCACAUGUCCGCCAUUGACCUGGCCUACACCCUGCUGGCUGCUAUCAAGCUAGGUGUUUCUCAGCGCAGCCUUGUUGUGCAGACGUUGCUGCGUGUCCUACAGGAAAGGCUGAAUCAGUUUGAUGAGAAGUCUCUGUGCAUCCUUGCCACCUGCCUGGAAAAGAUGGAAACUGACAAAAACACAGAUGCGCUUAAGCAGGGUUUGAAGUUGCUGUUGGAAGACCAACUUCCGACGAUCCAGAAUGUGAUGCUUCUACAGACCCUGAUGCAAUUGUUUGGGAACAAUGCUCCGCCAGCCAUGAGGCGGAAGCUGGAGGCAAAGGCCCUAUCUAUGGCAGACGAGUUCACUCUUCCCAAUGCCCUGCACAUGCUGACCACCUUGGCCACCAUGCACUUGAAUUCCAAGCCGCUUCUAGACAUCUGCAGUAGGAAGAUAGCUGACAACGUGCACAGUGUACCCUUUACCAGACUUCUGGCGUGUCUGAAGUCCUGCCGUGAGCUGAACUACAGGAACUUUUUUCUCUUCUCCUCCAUCUCAGACUACUUGGCCAACACACUUAGCAUGUGGAGCAACAAACAGGUGAUCUUCUUCCUGUUGGAGUUUGAGGGACUUGGGUUCUACCCCGUCGCCCUGUUAGACGCAUUUGCUGGGAAAGUAAUCCUGAAUCCAGAUAGCCUUUCAUUCAGAGACCUUCUCAGCAUCCUGAAGGCCUACUCAUCUCUCAACCACGAUCUGAAAGGCAAUCAGCAAGAGUUCUUGGCUAACAUGACCCGUGUGCUCGAGUCCUACCUCCCCAAAAUGAGCAGCUUGGACUUGCUGAAAGCUGUCAGCUGCCUCAGCGUGCUCGGCCACUUCCCUCAGGCUCCACUGCAAGAGUUGCUUCAGGAGCAGCAUCUGGGGGAGCUGCUUCAGAGAGGUAGGCCAUAUACUGCACAAGCAGAAAGGAAGCUGUACAUGCUCGGUCUGUGCUUGCGGCUGGACAGGCCUGCUCUCCUUCCUAUGCUUGCUCCUCUGCCAGACCUCCACAGCGUCCUGUUCCCACACCAGCGCCCUGUCAACCCAGGCUUGGUCAGUGCUCUGAAGAGCCUGGUAGGGGAGACUGCUGUGAAGGACUCGGUUGUCGUGGAGGGAGUGUAUUUCAUUGACUGUGUGAUCACUUUGUCUCCAGAAGCAAAGGAUGUCUGUAGCCCUUCUAAACACCCCAGAACCUCUGAAAAACCCCAGAGGAUUGCAGUGCUCUCUGCUACCCCAUCAUCUUUUUGCUUUGGUACGACCCAUCCUCGCAGUAGCCUGGCCAUAAAAAUACGUCACCUCCAGAUACUGGGUUAUGAACCUGUUCUGGUGCCAAUCCAUGAACUGGAAACCUGCACCAACCAGGAUAGGAUUAAGGUGCUGAAGAACUUAAUCUUCCUGCACCAAGAAAGUUCAAGAACAGAAGAUUAGAUGAAAGUGGACUGAAGUGGAUUAGAUAUCUUUGCCAAGCACAUAUGCAAAUCAUGUAUCAGCUUUUGAACUUGUAUCAAUAAAACUUUGAUUCUUAACAUUUCAUCAUUGUGUAUUAAGCUGUUCACCAUGACUGAACAGACAAGACUUACCAA